AGUUGUAGUCCGUGGAUGGAGGAGCGGCGCUGGCUGCCGCGGGGUUCUGACAGCGCGAGAACUACAAGCCCCAGCGUGCCGCGGGUCCCUCUCCGAGCGGCGGUGGGUGGGGGCGGUGCCGAGUGGAGACAGGCGGGUGCCGGUCUGGGGAGCAGUGGCCCCGGCUGUGACUCUCCUGUUGACGGCACCGCGAUGAGCGGGGCUGGGGCAGCGGCAGCGGCGGACAGGGCGGCCUUCGUGGGCUUCUUCCCCCGGGUGCUCCGGGACCUCACUGCAGAUGGGCUCCAGCACCCCGAGGUGGGCGACGCGGUCGCCCGGCUGAAGGAGAUUCUGGAAUACAACACCCCAGGUGGGAAGUAUAACCGGGGCCUGACAGUGCUGGCUGCCUUCCGGGAGCUGGUGGGGCCAGAGCAGCAGGACCCAGAAAGCUUCCAAUGUGCCUUGACCGUUGGCUGGUGCAUCGAGCUGCUCCAAGCUUUUUUUCUGGUGGCUGAUGAUAUCAUGGACUUCUCACUCAUCCGACGUGGCCAACCCUGCUGGUAUAAGAAGGAGGGAAUUGGUUUGGAUGCUGUGAAUGAUUCCUUCCUCCUCGAGUCCUGUAUCUACCAGUUGCUGAAGAAAUACUGCCGGGGGCAGCCCUACUACUUGCACCUGCUUGAGCUCUUCCUGGAGACCUCAUACCAGACUGAGCUGGGACAGGCACUGGACCUCAUCACCGCUCCGCCUGGCCAUGUUGAUCUUAGUCGUUUCACUGUGCAGAGGUACAAGGCAAUCGUUAAAUACAAGACCGCCUUCUAUUCCUUCUACCUGCCGGUUGCAGCUGCUAUGUACAUGGCCGGCAUUGACAGUGAGGAGGAGCAUGCCAACGCCAAAGCCAUCUUGCUGGAGAUGGGCGAGUUCUUCCAGAUCCAGGACGACUUCCUUGAUUGCUUUGGGGAUCCAAACCUGACGGGUAAGAUUGGCACUGACAUCCAGGACAACAAGUGCAGCUGGCUGGUGGUGGAGUGCCUGCACCGUGUCUCGCCAGAGCAGAGGCAGCUCCUGGAGGAAAACUAUGGGCAAAAAUCGCUGGAGAAGGUGGCCAAGGUGAAGGAGUUGUAUGAAACUGUGGGCAUGAGGGAAGCCUACCAGGAGUGUGAGGAAAGCAGCUACCGCCGCCUGGAGGAGCUGGUUGAGAAACAUGCCAACCACCUCCCCAAAGCAAUUUUUCUUGGCCUAGCCCAGAAGAUCUACAAGCGUCAGAAAUGACAGGGUGGGCUGGCUCCUCAGGGCUCUAACAGGAAAGGUGUUGACAGGCCUCCUUCCAUGAGGCCCAGCUUCUGGCCUGGGAGCUGACUCUUCAAACUCAUCUGCUAUGGGGAAGGUGAUGCCUCCCCUGUGCCCAUUCCAUUGGGGAUGGUGAACUGUAUAGCAUCUGAUAUGGUCUCUUGUUGGAGUGUGUGGGAGAAACCUGCUGUCCAUGUAACAGAUCAAUUGUGAUAGCAGAGAUGCAAAGCAUUUGUAUCAAUAAACAUAAAUUAUUGUA